AUGAAAGACCUGAAAUUCAAGAUUUGUUUCAUUGGAAGUUCAUCUGUUGGCAAGUCAGCCAUUGCAAGAGUACUCCGUGGGGAAGAUUUUAUUAACGAUUGCCAACCAACCAUCGGCGUAGAUAAUUUUGCCAUCAAACAAACUGUUGAUGGUGAAGAGGUCACAUUAAUGAUUAAUGAUACAGCAGGCCAAGAAAAGUUUAGAUCCAUUUCUAAAGCUUACUUUAGGAAUGCCGUUGGCGCAUUAGUCGUAUUUGACGUCAAGGACAGACAAUCAUUUGAUGCCAUGGAUGUUUGGAUCAACGACUUCAACCAGAUGGCAUCUCCAAAUGCCGUCAUUCUUCUUGUUGGAAACAAAAUCGAUUUACCCGACCGUAUCAUUUCUCAGGAAGAGGCCGAAGAAUUCGCCCUUCGCCAUAACGCCAAGUAUAUAGAAACUUCUGCAAAGACAGGAGCUAACAUUCAAGAAGCUAUUUCAAAGAUUACAAUAGAAAUCACGAAAGGUGUCAAGGAAGGCAUAAUCAAGAUCAAAGAAGAUGUUAAGAGCGAACUUGAUCCAUCUAAGGAUCAAGUCAAAAAAGGAUGCUGUUAA